CCUUUUUAUGAUCAACCUCAUGAUGCAAAACUUAUUAAUAAUAUUUGUAAUGGAUUAAGACCGAGAUUUCGUGACGAUACCCCUGAAUGUUAUGGUGAAUUAAUGAAGAAAUGUUGGAGUCCUUAUGCUCAAGAUAGGCCAAUUAUUUCUGAGAUUGUAAAAAUAUUAAGUGAAUGGCACAUUGAUGGAAAAAACAAGGAAGAUUUUUCUAACGCUGAAUCAAAGAGAAUUAAAAGAGUUUUAGCCAAAGGUUUAAAUCCUAAUCCCGCUGGAAGAAUGGUUGCCCCUCCAAAAAUUCAUCCUCAAGCUAUUUAUACUAGUAGAUUAUUAAAAUUUCCUGCUUUACCUAUUCCUAGAAAUUCUCCAAUACCAACACCAAGACGUUCUCAAUCUCAUAGUGAACAUGAUUAUGGUCGUACGCAAAUGAGCAGUCAAGAUUUAGCUGCAAUUCUUAUUCGAGAUGAAAGUUUUUUUUCAACUGCACUUCUUAUGCAAAGACGUUCAGUUUUUCCUGAAGAAGAACCGGAACCAGAAGAUGAAGAUAUACUGAAACAGUACGAAUUUUCCAUUCCGUAUAAUAUUGAAGACAUUAAAUCAAAUGACAGUACAAGUAGUGAAAAGUGUGAAAAGAAUGAAAAGAAUGAAAAGGGUGAAAAGGGUGAAAAGAAUGAAAAGAAUGAAAAGAAUGUAAAAAGUUUGUCAAUUUUAGCUGAUGUUAUUACCGAAGAACCUGAAUCAUCCGAAGAAUUAAUUAGAAGUCCUAUUACAAAUUGUGCAAGUCCAAUCAACUUUAAAUUUGAUAAAUAAUUUAAUUGUAGAUUUUAAUAUCUUGUAUAUUGUUUUUUUUAUAGACAAUUUAUAGUUUAUGUAAAGAUUUUUUUUUUUCAACACGUGUACUUUAUUUUUACAUAUAAUAUACGCGUUGUUAUACUACAAAUUAAAAUA